CAAUAAUAUUAUGGACUGUUUCGACAUUGAUGCUUAUCUGAAACGUAUUGGUUUGAAUUCACGUAUCCAUGUGGAAGAGGAAUUUAAGUCAAUUUCGUAUGGAUUGUUGCAUGCCAUUGUGUGGAAUCAUGCAACUCAUAUUCCAUUCGAAAAUCUGGCAACUAUUUAUCCAGAUGAAUAUCGUAUAGUUUCCGAUUCAAAUUCUAAAAUCAAAGUAUCUCUGGAUCCAAAUGAUAUUUUCAGGAAAAUGGUGUUAAAUGAUCGUGGAGGUUUUUGUUUCGAACAGAAUCUUCUAUUGGCGAGAGCUUUGAGAGAAUUUGGCUUUACUGUCAAACCCAUUGGAGCCAGAGGUGUUAAUCGCUUGGCAACAGUAGAUCCAAUCUCUGGAUUGCCAGUUGGUCCUUUCACUCACUUGGCUCUAUUGGUUGAUUGCCAAGAUGGAAACACUUAUUUGGUGGAUAACGGUUUAGGAUGGGGUGGUAUGCCAAGAUCUCCACUCCCACUUGUCAAUGGAAGUGAAAAGACAGAAAAUACAGGAGAAGUAUUUCGAUUGGUAUUGGGAACUAUUUCACAAAGCACAAAAUUAAAUUUUGACAAAUGGGGUUGCUUUAGAUUUCAAACAGGUGUCAAUACAGAUCAUCAAGAUAUAAAAGAUGGGAAAGUUGUUAGUGGACAGUGGUUUCUCCAAUAUAAAAACAAGGCAGAAUCUGACUGGUGGGAUAUUAUGCAUUUUCAGGAGGAUAACGUCAUGUCUUUCUUGGAUGCUGAGAUGGGAGCUUGGUAUGCAAGUACUAAUCCAAAUCAUCCCCAAACAAAGAUGGUUUUGGUUGCCUUAAUGACAACUGAAGGUAGAUAUUCAAUUGUUGACAGGAAAUUCACAAUCAGAAGAUUGGGAACCACUACAGAAAAAUUGAUAGAAAGUGAUGAAGAAUUGUGGUCCAUUUUGGAUGAAUAUUUUGGAAUUAAGAAAAUAAUUUAAAAUUUUUGGAAGAAUCAUCAAUACCCAAUAAUUGAUGCCAUGAAAAUUCCCAAUAGAUUACCUUGAAAGGUUCCUU